AUGCUGGUGAUUCUAGCAUCAAUAUUUGGCUUAUUAUCAGCGAGAGAAGUACCUGUCGAGCUUAUCGCCCAGCCAGUCGUCAGCAGUCGUGAUGGAAGCAUUCAGUGUUUUUUUGAUUUGGAAUUAUCAGAUAGGCUCAAAGGUUUAACUUGGAAGCGUUCUUUCCAAGAUGAGGAGGAUGAAAUUAUCAUGGUGCUGGACGGAGAAGGUCAAACCCGACACGCAUUAGACGGCAGAUUUUCUAGCUUUUUGAAAAAUGCGACGAGCAUCGAUAGUAAAAAUAGAUUUGAAUCGUUAUUGAGAAUAAAUGAGGUUUCAACCAGUGAUGACCAGUUCGACUACAAUUGUGAAAUUACUUUUAUGGACUCAGUAAAGGGUGCUUUCCAUCAGUCUGAUUCUGAAACAGGUGCAAGGUUGAAAGUCCUUCGCCCUCCCUCUACGCCCUAUUUGACGAUUGAUAGCAGCUCAGACGAGGCGGUAUUUAAAUGCGAAGUCGAGGAUCUCGGAUACCCAAACGAUGCCUCCGUCGAAAUACUUCACAACGGGACGUUACUUACAAGCCAGCAGAACGCAAUUAUCGAGGCCGAUCUCAAACUUAGUCCCAAAGACGCACGUACCAUUGUUGAGUGCCGAACAAGUCACGAAAGUUUCGAUCUUGGACUAGCGCAACAAACGACUGACGAGUUCGAGCUCGUCGCUCCGCAAUUGAGUGGGCCGAAUGCACCAUUUUCGCUCUAUUUGACGAAAAAGGCUUUGUCUCAGAUCCCUGCUAAAAAAGUGAACACCAACUCUGCACUUGGUUCCGGAACAGGCCUUUCUGUCAAAAUUCAGGACAAGUCAGCAAAAUACUGCCAUGUUUCUGUGGAAAUGGAUACUGACGCGCUUCCAGUUCCAGCCUUGCUAGUUUUCACAGGAAAAAACCAAACGUCAAACAUGACUCCAUCGAGUGGCAAUCGUAUGACCAUCACGCUCGACAAAAAUGCCGAAUCUACAACUGUUGUGGCUAUGAGCCCCCUUGGAAGUGUCGGCUUUACCUUCGACAACUCGGUCCACGCAGAAUGUUUUCCUUCGCUUCCUGCUCAAACAGUGAAGAAGUCCGGCAGCUCGUCAUUCAACGGGGCGAUUAUCGCCAUAUUCGUUAUAGUGAUUCUUGUCAGUGUUCUAAUUGGAUUAGUGUUUUUGAAAAGACGGCGGGACAUGGAAAAGGGUAACGGUGAUAAUGAAAACGCAAACGCGACGAUGCGGUCUGUUGAAUCGCAGGACUUCGAAGCUUACCAACCGGAGCAAAAUGAUACAAAAAGAAGCCAGUCUAAUCGAGAAUCAGGUGUUUUCUAUGAUGCCGAAGCUGAAGAACAGUCAUUUAUAGCUUCUGAAAACGAAGCUAGAUUAGGUGAAGAGUCGCCUUUGCGUAAACAAAUCUACAGCUAG